GCUGUGUGUGCUAGAUGUCCAAAGAAGCAGAGCUCUUCGGAACUGUUUCUGCAGCCGGACUGCAAGGCCAGUCAUAACACUGAAAAUCAUACUGGUAAGGUAUUUUCUUUUACGGUUCGACUUAUUGCAAUCCAGCGAUUACCGCCGAUCUUUUUAAAGCAUUUUCAGUUCUUUGGAAACGAAUUCCAAAUUUUUCUAAAGCUUUUGAAGAUCUCUCUGUGAACUUGCCUUGCCUUCUAAAUGCCAAAUCUUUGCAGGAUGUUCUGUAUUCCUGUCGAAAGUGAAAGCAAAACGUUUUUCUUUUUUUCAAACAAACAUCAAAGCGAUACUUUUCAACGUCUCGAGAUAGAUGUUUAGGAACUCGUUGUUGUGAAACCGAACAUGCUAGAGAUAUGUAGAUCUUUUCCUCUUCGUGAGUCGAGACAGGCUCGUAAGCUUCGAACAAAGCACAAAAGUUUUUGUGCUUAAAAGAAGCGAAGUAAUGUUUGCGGAAAAACAACACAAAUAAACCACAGUUCUUGACACCAUUAUCGCCAGUCAAGGUGUACUCUAAGUACAUUCCUCCGAAACUUGUGCAUACAACUGGUUUCUGACUGAUGCUAAAAUUAACCUUAGGCUAGAUGAAUGUAACCGAUGUGUCUGUUUUUAUGAAAUUUUUCCUCUUGUAACUUAAGGGCAGAAUCACAAUUAAUACAAUUUGUGGUUUCAUAGUCUAAUGCGUGAACGUUUGAUAUAAAUAUAACAUUAAUCUCUUAGCUUUUAUGCUUUUCAUUCAAUCCAAUUUUUCUGAUGUGUUUUUCUGGACGGCACUCAUUCUGUAAGAUGGAUUACUGAGAUCCUUACUAAGACCUGAGGCAUAAGACAGGAACAGUUAAAGGCCGAAACUUUAUCGAAUAUCGUAUUAAUAUGAGUAAUCAGAGAUUGUUGGACGAAGUCCACUAGACUGAAGAGAAUUUCCGCCCCUUUCAUUGCAGAGCUUAGAUGUUUUUUUUUCUUUUUCAGCUGAAACUUUUUAUGACGAUUUGUACUCGAUGUCAGAGAUGAGGUUUUUGAUGAUAUUGCCAGCAGUCACAGUAACUUUGACUUUCUUACACAUGGUUACAAGCACAGGAAACCCAAGGUAAGUUGGGAAUCACCAUUUAUUAAUUCGGAUAUGCCGUACUACGAUGCCACCUUUCUGUUUCCUUGUUACUUGGAAACCGAGGAUUGAGGUAUGACCACGAACACAAAACUAAAUCCCACUAUUUAAUUUCACAUUUUUUUUGUUUAAAUUGCCCUUGUCAAAUUGACGUUUUCCUCUUUUUUAUUUUCGACAGAGAUGACCCAGGAUCAACCAUUCCUUUUUCCAUAAAGGUUUGUUGCUUUCAGUUUAUUAUUUCUAACUCAGGUUAUAAAAGGGUUAGCCUCCUUACAACAAAAUGAAUGGCGACUGGAAUGAUUCAAUUCUCUCUUGAAAUACCAUUGCUAAAGUGGUUCUUAUCUGGUUUUUUCUUUCAUCUUUAAAUUUAGGAUGCUUCCAAAACAAAGAACAUAACGAGAGCUGGAGUUAACAGGGGUCUGAGGGAAUGCCAACGGCUAUUUAAGAACGACAUCUGGAACUGCAGUUUUCAUGACGAAGGUGUGACUAGAGAAUUAACUGACUUUGUUCAAACAACUUUGCCUUACGGUAGGAGCUCUUGUAAUCAUUCGAGGAAUCAUUGACAAAAUAAUUUGACUCUGUUUUUAUUAUGACUCAAUACAUCAAAGAUAAUCAAGGUUUUUCUAUUUCGGAGAUCCUUCUCCUUUUCCUUUUAUGGUCAAAAUUGAAAUAACAAUAAUGAUAAUAAUAAUUAUUGAUCAAACAAAAAUCAUGAUUUUUCCAAUUUAUUUAUAGAAUAUAAAUGUCCUUUGGUAUUAAGCUUAUAUUGUUAAACGUUCAAUCCCUUUCUGUUGUAGCCAAUAGAGAGAUGGCGUUUUUACAUGCGAUCACCACCGCUGGCAUCCUUCAAGAAAUUGUUUCUCAGUGCGCUGCAAACAAAAUUGCCGAAUGCAGUUGUAACAAAACAGCAUGGCAAUCGCACGCCUGUAAAAGAACCAUCUUGGAUUUUGCAGUAAAGCAGACAAAGAUUCUCACAAGAAGUAAAACGCAGGGGAACGACGAACAAAAUAAAAUUGACCAAAAUCAUAAAAAAGAAGGAAUAAAGGUAAAUGUCUUUUUCGUAAUUUAUGUAUUCGUAUGUUGGAUUGAGUUUCUCGCUUAAUAUCUAUCCAUUUUGUUGCCACUUUUCAUUAAAAAACCAUUCUAUAUGUAUCUUUCAACCAAGGGACAAUAAUACUAAAUAUACCUACUUUUCGAGGAAUCGAUAGAAACGCAAUGUCUCGUCAUGGUGUGCAUCACAUCAGGUUCUCUUUCUUUUUUCUCUUUGGGAAAUUUUAUCAAAUGAACACAUAGCCUGCAAGAGAAUAAAUCAUUCUCUAGUAGCCAGUCCUCAGAGCUGGCAGUGAGAGGAGGAACCUCUUUUUCUCCCUAAAGGGUUUUGUGCUCUUAUACAGGAUAUUUAAGUUAAGUUGUUGUGGAAAGUAAGGAUUUUUUGGACCUGAAUCCCAGAAAAGAGUAUGAACUUGACGGUGCCUUUUUAAUAUGAGUGGCCAAAAUGCUGCAUUUCUUUGGAGUAUAUUAAAUUUUGGGAGAAAAAACUGCCUUACAUAUGACACCAGCGUAACACUCCUAACUUUGGUGAGACUUUUGCAAACGUUACCUAGAUUGCUCAUGGGUUCCCUUGACAAUCAACCCUAGCACUUAGCUAUGUUUUGUUUUCGUAACCGCUGAUUAUUCUUACCGUGUUUUUGAUACCCAAACAGGUUUUCAAGAGGAAUUAUCGCAGUUGUCAUGGUAAAGUGCCUAAAAAUUGUAAGACUUUCCAAGAAAUUGCAAAUGAACUAAAAAGCAAAUAUCAGUCUGUUAGCAAGACCAACAGGGCGCAGCAGGAUAUCAGAUCUACUUUUAAAAGAAAGCCUAAAUUUGGAUGAAAGAAGCACACAAAUGGCGCUGUAAGCGAUGUAAAAUGACACCCACUACAGAGAAGCGAAGGAGUCCAGGCAACUGCUAAGAUAGUUCAAAAAUAUAUUCAGUAACAGUUUGCGUGUAAAAGAAAAUACGCCACCACAACCAUCAGGGUCAAACCUGGCACAAAUGUUAAACUUGAGCAAGCAUUUCCCCGUCAUUAUAAAUGAGUAUUGUUACACUUCUUGUUGCCAAAGCCAUUUUAUUGAGAGAAACCCUGGGAGCUUUAGUCUUUUAAAACAGGGGCCUCUUAUUCUCAGGCCCUUAAACGUAUCGCUUGUAGGUUUUAGUGGCGCAGUAAAUCUACGUUUCCAAUUUUUUCUCUAAUAUUGAACCGUCUUAAUAAAUAGCAAAUAGAAAAACCUUUGGAGCUUUAGUCUUUUAAAUCAGGGGCCUCUUAUGUUUAGGUUCAUAAAUGUAUCUCACGUUGGUUUUAGUGAAUCAGUAAAUCCACACUUGCAAUAUUUGCUAUAAUAUUGCCAGGUAGCAAAUAAUGAACGCGUUCCUCGACCGCUUUCCAAGAGGGAAGUACAUCUAGUUCAAAAGGAGGAUUUUUUUAGGUAUAUGAUCUUUCUGCUUGAAUGGUGUCACAUUAUCAUGUGAAACUUUGUUAUUUUAGAAGAUGUUUUUUACCACGUCCCUUAUGGCUAUUUAAAGAAUCCUGUACACUCGCAUAUUCUUAUAUCACACUGAAUAUUACGCAGGUAGAGCAGUUAAUGACGAGGCACAUCUAAUGAAGAUAUGUUGGCCUUUUAGAAAUCUAUUUCCUCUGGAAAAAACUGACUAAUAAAUUGAGAAAAAUUUUGUUAAUAAAAUCCUG